AUGUCAGAGAACAACAACGGCAGCAACAACAAGCAGGAUGACCCGACUAAUAAUCCACUUUUCGGUGCUCCUCCCCCUUCAUCCACUCCCACGACAGACUCACUUGCCUCACGACCAACUGUUAGCCAAGGUGGUCCUUCUACCAAUGACAGCUUCCAAGCUACCACCGAUCCUUUAUUUGGAGCUUCACCACCUCAAGAUGAACAAUUGACGACGUCGAUACCGACACCAACACAAUACCAUCAGCCGAUAAGAAGGGAAUUGAGGUUAUAUCAUCCCCCUAGACCUGCCUCACCAUCCAGAACCCUACUCUUCAUCCGUCGACUCACUUACAUCCUCUCCAUCCUCCUCGGUCUGUCCUCAGCCGUAGCUGGAAUAUGGUCAAUAUUCAUCCUCCCCUUACUCCAUUCUUCCUUCUCAGCUCGAAAGGCUCUGGUGGUCCAGCAGACUGAACGAGUCAAUAACCUUUUAGAGGGAAUAAGGAAACUCAGGGCAUUAGGAUUGUAUCCUAAGUCUAAUCAUACUGAGAUAGACGUAGAGGAUGGAGGGAACGGGCACGGGGAGGAUAAGAGGGAAGAAGCCAGUUUGAAAGAAAUCUCAUCAAGUAUAUCAUCACUUCAUUCCGAACCGUCGACAAUUCAACGUGCCAAUGACGAAAUUGACGAGAUCAUUCCUAUCACCCCAUUAACAAGGUUGAUAUCGAAAUUAAAGAUCUUGUCAUCUUCGAUGGACGCUACGUCAACUACUAGAUUAUCUGUAAUAUCGACUUUGGAGGGAUAUACUUCUUCUAUUCAUCAUCAGUUGUUCUUAUCUCGUUCGACCACAGGAGGGAUGAGCAGUUAUGGUGUGAAUAUGAAUUCGCUUUCUAACCAUCUGAACCAAGAUAAGAAUCAGAGUAGAGAUGUGAUAGGAGGGACAGGGGAAGAAUGGGAUAAUACGAGGAAAGAGAUUAGGGCUAUCAAAGGUUUAUUAUUGAAUAGAAGACAGUUUGUAGCUAGUAAAUGA